UCGCCUAUUUCCUUGGCUCGCCGGAAGCCGCCGGCCCUUUUCCCGGCUCGUUGCCGCUAUGGCUCGUGGACCCAAGAAACACCUGAAGCGCGUCGCCGCCCCCAAGCAUUGGAUGCUGGACAAGCUGACCGGCGUGUUUGCUCCCAGACCAUCCACAGGCCCCCACAAGCUGAGAGAGUGCCUCCCACUCAUCAUCUUCCUCCGAAACCGUCUCAAGUAUGCUCUGACAGGGGAUGAGGUUAAGAAGAUCUGCAUGCAGCGGUUUAUUAAGAUUGAUGGCAAGGUCCGCACAGACACAACCUACCCUGUUGGCUUCAUGGAUGUUAUCAGCAUCGAGAAGACUGGUGAGCAUUUCCGUCUGGUUUACGACACCAAGGGCCGCUUUGCUGUUCAUCGAAUCACAGCUGAGGAGGCAAAGUAUAAGCUGUGUAAAGUGAGGAAGACCUUUGUGGAUACCAAGGCCAUUCCCCAUCUGGUGACCCAUGAUGCCCGUACCAUCCGCUAUCCAGAUCCACUCAUCAAAGUGAAUGACACCAUUCAGAUCGAUCUGGAGACUGGCAAGAUCACAGAUUUCAUCAAGUUUGAUACUGGGAAUCUGUGUAUGGUGACUGGCGGAGCUAACUUGGGGCGAAUUGGUGUGAUCACCAACAGGGAGAGACAUCCAGGCUCCUUUGAUGUGGUCCACGUGAAGGACACCAACGGCAACAGCUUUGCCACCAGGCUUGCCAACAUUUUCGUCAUUGGCAAAGGUAACAAGCCUUGGAUUUCUCUGCCCCGAGGCAAAGGCAUCCGCCUCACCAUUGCUGAAGAGAGAGACAAGAGGUUGGCAGCCAAACAGAGCAGUGGGUGAAUGUUGGCACAUCACCAUGUGUUUUCUCUGGCCAAAUAAAGACCUUGCAAAGUG